AUGGCGGUGAACGGAGAAUCGUCUGCCGAACACCACGACCGCCAUCCACACCAACAUGGCAGCAUUGAAACACGGCUUUUCAUUAAUAAUGAGUUUGUGGACUCUCGGAGUGGGAAAAUGUUCCCAGUGAUCAAUCCUGCCACGGAAGAAGUGACAGCAAAGGUUCAAGAAGCAGGAGACGCCGAUGUUGAGCUUGCAGUCCAGGCAGCCGAAGCCGCAUUUCCUGCCUGGUCGGAGUUGAGUGGCUUUCAGCGAGCCACAUAUUUCUACAAGUUGGCCGACCUGUACGAAAGAAAUAACGACAAACUUGCCCGCCUCGAGGCGAUGAGUAUGGGAAGACCUGUGUCCACGUACACUGAAGGACUCGCUUCCGCGAGAUUUCUGAGGUACAUGGCUGGAAAGGCCACAGAUAUCCAAGGGGAGUCGUCCCUUCAAACCGCCGGGUUCAUGAGCGUCACACUGCGACAGCCGUUUGGCGUCUGCGCCGCCGUCACUCCAUGGAACGCACCGGUAACCAUGCUGACGUUUAAAAUGGCUCCAGCGUUGAUUGCCGGGAACACCCUGGUGGCCAAGUCUUCGGAAAAAGCACCGCUGACCAGUUUGUUUGUCGCUCGACUGAUCAAAGAAGCCGGAUUCCCGCCAGGAGUGGUCAAUAUCCUGAAUGGUUUUGGAACUCCAUGCGGCGUCUCCCUGGCCUCACAUCUGAGAAUUCGAAAGAUAUCCUUCACCGGUUCUGUCAAGGCAGGAAAAGCCGUUCUAGAAGCGGCGGCCCGGUCCAAUCUCAAGAAAGUCACUCUUGAACUCGGGGGCAAAAGUCCCCUCAUUGUGUUCGAUGAUGCCGACAUUGUUAAGGCAGCCGACGCAUCGGCGAAAUCAAUCCUUCUUAACUCGGGCCAGGCUUGCAUUGCAAGCUCUCGGGUAUUUGUACAUAGCGGUAUACUGUCACAAUUCUGUGACGCACUCGUUGAAUCGCUCCAGAAGCUUGGAAGCAACCCCGAUUCAGGUAACGACCCUUUGCUUCCGACGACACGAAGGGGUCCUCAGGCCACUAAAUCCCAGUUCGACUCGAUUUUGACACAUAUCAAAGAGGCCAAGGCCUCCGGCUACAGAAUACUUCACGGAGGAAAUCGUGAAGGGCCCAAAGGCUUCUUUAUCGAGCCAACAGUCAUUUUCCAGCCCGAUGAGCAGAGUCGAGUCGUGAGAGAAGAAAUUUUUGGGCCUGUGAUCUGUCUCAGCAGCUUUGAGGACGAAAAGGACGUCGUUCAGCGCGCUAACGACAGCGAGUACGGCUUGUAUGCCAGUGUCUUUACUCGGGAUAUCUUCCGUGCGCUCCGAAUUGCUAAAACCUUCGAGGCUGGCAACGUCGGGGUCAAUGUCAGCAGUCCAAUGAUGACACAUGAUAUGCCAUUCGGAGGGUGGAAGCAGAGUGGAAUUGGCAAAGAGCUGGGGAUGUAUUCGGUAAAGGAGUGGACGGACUUGAAAACGGUCUAUUUCGCCUUGUCAUAA